UCAGAACUAAAAUGAGCGGUAGAGGUAAAACCGGCGGUAAGGCGAGAGCGAAGGCCAAGACUCGCUCAUCCAGAGCUGGACUGCAGUUCCCCGUCGGUCGUGUUCACAGACUUCUCCGUAAAGGCAACUAUGGUGAGCGUGUCGGUGCCGGUGCCCCCGUCUAUCUGGCCGCAGUGCUCGAGUAUCUGACCGCUGAGAUCCUGGAGUUGGCCGGAAACGCCGCUCGUGACAACAAGAAGACUCGCAUCAUUCCCCGUCAUCUGCAGCUGGCGGUGCGCAAUGACGAGGAGCUGAACAAACUUCUGGGCGGUGUGACCAUCGCUCAGGGCGGCGUGCUGCCCAACAUCCAGGCUGUGCUGUUGCCCAAGAAAACCGAGAAGCCCGCCAAGACCAAAUAAACCAACACAAGUUCAUUUAAACACAAAGGCUCUUUUAAGAGCCACCCACUUAUCCAUAAGAGAGCAAAUUGAAUGCACAUGUUUUAGAUGUGAAUGCUUGUAAACGAUAUCAGAAUUUGCUUUUCAGAUGUGGUGCUGGUUUAUGUUAAGGAGUUUUUCUUUGUGUAAUGGUGCACAACAAUAUAUGUCAGAAUGCAUAUAUGCAUACGUUUACAUAUUUAAUGAAAGUAAAAAUAAGAAAAUUGGCUCAAUUCUGUUGUUAUUGUAAUCCUAUCAACUUUAACACAUCUAUGAAACUGUAGAACAAAGGAAA